AUGGAUGCUCCGCGUUUUCAAAAAUGGUUUGUUGAACAGUUGAUACCGAACAUCAAGCCACGCAGUGUGAUUGUGAUGGAUAAUGCGUUGUAUCACAGUGCUCAAGUUGAAAAGGUGCGAAGUUCACCAUCAAGAAAAGCCGACAUCCAGUGCUGGUUGAUAACGAAAAGUAUCCCUUUUUCGGAUGACCAACUGAAGAGCGAACUUCUGCAGCUCGUUAAGCAGCAUAAGCACAUGUUCCUUGCUUACCAUAUUGAAACACUUGCCAGCGCUGCCGGUCAUGAGGUUGUGCGCUUGCCUCCUUACCACUGCGAGCUCAAUCCAAUAGAGGUCGUGUGGAGCCAGGUCAAAGGCUAUGUUGCUUCGAAGAACACGGACUUCAAGAUCGAUUCAGUCGAGAAGCUGCUGCUGGAAGAAAUCGCUGGUGUGACCCCGCAGAACUGGUUCCGAGACUGCACUCACGUGAUAAGGCUUGAGGAUGAGGCAUGGGAGCGGGAUGGCCUUAUAGACAGGCAAAGCCUCAUAAUUUCUUUGGGCACAGAUUCCAGUACUUCUGAUGAGUCGAGCAGCUCUGACAUGAGCGGAAUUGAUGAACUGCCAUGA